AAACUAAAAACACGAAUUGUUAUCAGGAUUUUGUUUCGAAACCGGAAGUUAUGUGUUACUUUGACGUUAGUUUGACGCUAGCCGCUCUGUCCGUUAAGCUGCUCACGGUGAUAAGUAAACGGACAAGUCCGAGGCAGUCGGAUCCUGUUUGUCAUUCGUCAGUGAAGACAGAAGCUGGGCGGUCGUGGGUAGGACAGCGGGGGUCUGCUUCUUUUAUGAACAUCAUUUGUGAGUGGAAGCGCAGCUGUGAUAAAGCGGACAAGAUGAUGAUCUCCCCGUGGGACCGCUGGUACUCCACGAGCUGCUGUCUGUGCUGCCAUGUCCGCACAGGAACCAUCAUCCUGGGGGUCUGGUACAUGCUCAUCAAUGCUGUGGUGUUACUCAUCCUGCUCACAGCGCUCAGUGAUCCUGAGCAGUACCACCUGACCAGCGCAGAGCUGGCUAAUGACCUGGAUGUCAUGGAUGACGCCAACAUGUGCAUUGCCUCAGCGAUCUCUCUGCUGAUGAUACUUAUAUGUGGGAUGGCAACAUAUGGUGCAUACAAGCUGCGUCCUGCCUGGAUCAUCCCAUUUUUCUGCUAUCAAAUAUUUGACUUUGCUCUCAACACCCUGGUUGCUGUCAGCAUUGUGGUUUACCCAAACACAAUACAGGAUUACCUGCAGCAACUGCCGGAUAACUUCCCCUACAAAGAGGAGAUUGCUGCUCUCAGUAAUGUGUGCUUGGUUCUCAUUGUGCUGCUCUUCAUUGGCUGCAUUCUUGGAUUCAAGGCCUAUCUGAUAGCAUGUGUGUGGAACUGCUACAGAUAUGUGAAUGGCCGGGGUACCUCUGAAAUCCUGCUCUAUGUCACGACCAAUGACACCACGGUCCUGCUACCUCCGUAUGAUGACAGUGUCAGCGUCCCUCCCAAGCAGGCUCCUCCACCUUACACCACCGCUACAGCAUGAAAACAUUCCUAGCAUCCUGCUGACUGGACCCUGCUGUUAAUAAGACCCCAGCAAAAGUUAUGCACCACACUGCCUCUCCAGUGUACAGUUUAUUCAUGGAUAUAUUGUUGCUGCACACACACAUCACAGUACAACCAUGCAUGCACUGACACGGCGCACACACAAACCUCUACCACCAUCGUGACCUCUCAUCCCUCCCUCUUAUUUAUUUACAUUGUUGAUACUGUUACUCCACCAUGUAUCGCAUUUUCUGUAAUUCCAGAAAUGAUGUGCAUAUUAUGCAUUUGAACCUGGAUGUAAUAAGGCACUAGAACGUUUGGAUGACAAUUCUAUAUUUUUAUUAUUUAUUAUUCUGCUUAUGCUAUGUAUGUACCUUUAAUAGUAUUUUAUGUGUCCUACCUUUGACAUAUUUAACUUAUGCACAAAUGCAAAAACCUUACCCCCCACAGUAACAAGCGAAGAGUCGACAUGUUUUUGUCUUGUCUCUGCUCAUGAUCAGGGUUGGAUUGCCUUUAUUCAUAACUUUCUCUCUGAUGGGAUGCCCUUUACAGAUCCAUGCAUGAAGUGGCACCUUGAAUGGAAGUUUCCCCAAAGAAAUGCAUCUGCCUGUAUUCUGACAUGAUCAAAGAGCAACCUAGUGUAUAUCGAACAUAUCAUCCUCUUUUGCUGUUUUAUUCACCUGCAGACAGAAUUGUUUUGUGUUGUCGGGGGUGUUGAGUUGUGCUCAUUCAAAAACUUGUAAAUGUGGUAUUGUGUUUCUACUGAUUGAUGAGAAAUGUAUUGGGCUGCUAUUUGUAUAUUUUGACAGCACAGAAGUAGCACUGAUCUGGAAUCAGUUUGCUCUGAAUGAGUUGCUUGAGAGAACCUGGUGCAAUGACUUGGGGCUCUCUACGUUCGGGAUUCAAUAAAUACGGACCCUGGUUGUGUUUUUUCAAUUAAGCAAGUGGGAGCUUGUGGUCUGUGUAAACACACAAGUCUGUUUCACCAGAUGCAGUUAUUGGCAAGCUGCUCCCUGGACACAAAAUGUCCUGUAAGGACACAAAUGUUAAACCAGAAGCCUGCCACUGUAUGAAAAAUAAAGAUGUGACAUUUAUUUGUUUAUUAAAAUCUUAACUUCACUGACA